AUGUGGCUGAAAGAAAAUUUGAAUUCACAGUGUUGGAAAAAGACUGACAAAUUUUUCGACUUACCCGAUUUUCUAACUUGGAAAGCUACUGGUUGUGAUACUAGGUCUUUAUGUUCAGUCACUUGCAAGUGGUUAUAUGAGGUGAGCUCUGAUGGACAGGGUGGAUGGAAUAAAAUUUUUUUAGAACAGAUCGGUUUAGAUGAACUAACAGAAAAUAACUUUAUCAAGAUAGGAAAUGUAAUUAAACAACCCGGAGAGCGUUGCGGAACUGGACUUAAGGCUGACGUAGCUGAAGUUUUGGAUUUGUUGGAAGGAACUGCCGUGGCUACAUCCAUUAUCGAUGCACACGCUGGGGGUCUGGGACUCAUCGGCUGCCAUGCACCAUCCAUCCCGCAAUCAAUCACAUCUAGGCUGCCUCUGAUUUGUGGAACAUCAACCUGUCAUAUGGCGGUUAGUAAGGAGGCAGUUUUCGUUAAUGGAGUUUGGGGCCCAUAUUGGAGUGCAAUGGUGCCCGGAUUGUGGCUCAACGAAGCUGGUCAGAGUGCUUCUGGGUGCCUACUAGACCAUAUCAUAUCGACGCAUCCAGCUAGUUCUCAAAUAAAAUUAGAAAAAGGUAAGCAUAUUGUCGAUUAUCUGAACACUCUUUUAAAAAAAAUGGCUUCAAGGGAUGGAAAACCUGUCGAUACCCUCAGCAAGGAUGUCCAUGUGCUACCUGAUUUUCAUGGAAACCGUUCACCAUUAGCUGACCCAACUAUGAAAGGAAUGGUUUGUGGGCUGACAUUGUGUGCAGAUGAAGAACAAUUAGCCAUCUUGUAUUUAGCGACUGUUCAAGCCUUGGCGAAAAGGAUAAUUCGGCACUUUAUAGUAAAGUUCAAGGAUUUUACUGAAAUGGGAUUUUUUAAUUUUGAUUAUCCACUGCUCUAUUCUGUGGUGUCUCACACAACUACGUAUGUUGUAAUUUUAUUCCAAUUUUCCAGGCCUUGA